AGAGUGGCCAAGGAGCGCUCGGCAACGUGAUCGACGACGCGACCGGCGACGCGACCGGCGACGCGACCGGCGACGCGACCGAGCGUGGGUCGGGCAGGCGCGCGUCUCGUCGAUGGCUCCUCGCCCCGACGAAAAUCCGAUUCGUUGGCUCUCUCCCCUUAUCCGGCAUCUGGACGCGUCGCGAGCCCGAGAAGCGGGCAGAAUCAUCGACGAAUCGCGACCGCCGCUCCCCGGGAGUCGGCGUCGGAGGAACGGGGCAGGCGGCGAUCGCUCCCGCCGCGCGGUCGAAGGGGGAAGAGGACGCUCUCCUCCACCUUCCGCCGCGGCCCGUCCGCUUUAACGCCGGUCUCUCGCAGUCGCGACGCUUUUAGAGUCCCCCGCCUCGGCCAUGUCGACGGAGAGCCAGAACGGGCCGAAGGCGAGCAUCGGGCCGAUCUCGGCCCUGGGCCGCCCCGGCAACGGCGGCUUCCCGCGCGCCGACCGGGACAAACCGCGGCAGCCGCCGCCCCCGACGCUGCCCAAGUACGCGUCCAGUUUCAACGCCGGCUCCAACGCGGCCUCCAACGGCAGCGCGGCCGACCGGCCGAGCAGGGAGCGCGAGGCGGGCGGCAGCUACCGACUCGUCGGCCUCGACCGGCUCGCGCUGCGGCAGCGCAUCGUCGACGGCGACAGGCCCAACGGCGAGGCCACCUCGAUCCAGAUGAAGCGUGAGCUCUUCUUCAAGGGCGAGUCCGUGGGCCUGGCGUCGACGCCGUCGGUGCCCUCGGUACCGUCGGUGCCACCCCCCCAGCCGCCCGCCACGACCGCCCCCGGCUCGGUGGCGACGGUCACGACGACGAUGACGACGUCGACGGCGGCGGCCCCGCCGUCGACGGCGCCCCCCGCCGCCCCCGCCAAACCGCGGCCCGCCGUGGCGACGCCCGUCGUCGGGCCGAACGACGCCUGCGAGGACAGCAACAAACGCGAGACCGCCCGGGCGGAGAGCGGCGGAAACGGCAAGGAGGCCGCCGUCCACGCCGCCCACGCCGCCCACGCCGCCCACGGACGCCCGGCGCCCCCGACCAAGCCCAAGGAGCUCGACGGCUACGUCGGCUUCGCCAACCUGCCCAACCAGGUCUACAGGAAGGCCGUCAAGAAGGGCUUCGACUUCACUCUCAUGGUCGUAGGCGAAACGGGCCUGGGAAAGUCGACGUUAAUAAACUCGAUGUUCCUCGCGGACAUCUACAGCUCCGAGUACCCUGGACCCAGCCUCAGGGUAAAGAAGACCGUGGCCGUUGAAACGAGCAAGGUGCUGCUCAAGGAAAACGGCGUUAAUCUCACCCUGACGGUAGUCGACACUCCCGGAUUCGGCGAUGCCGUCGACAACAGCAACUGCUGGGUGCCGGUAAUCGAGUACAUCGAAUCGAAAUACGAGGAGUUCCUGAACGCCGAAUCUCGGGUCAUGAGACGACAGAUUCCCGACAGCAGAGUUCACUGUUGCCUGUACUUCGUCGCCCCCUCGGGACACGGUUUGAAGCCCCUGGACGUCGAAUUCAUGCAGCGGCUCCACGACAAAGUAAACAUCAUUCCAGUGAUAGCCAAGGCCGACACCAUGACUCCGGACGAGUGCACCCACUUCAAGAAGCAGAUCCUCAACGAGAUCGCCCAGCACAAGAUCAAGAUCUACGAGUUCCCGGAGGUCGAGGACGAGGACGAGUACAAAUUCCAGAAGGUCCUCAGGGACAGGGUCCCCUUCGCCGUCGUAGGGGCGAACACCGUCGUCGAGCUCGACGGCAAAAAGGUCCGCGGCAGGAAGUACCCCUGGGGCGUAGCCGAAGUGGAAAACCUGGAACACUGCGACUUCAUCGCCCUGAGGAACAUGGUCGUGAGGACGCAUCUACAGGACCUGAAGGACGUGACGAAUAACGUUCACUACGAAAACUUCCGGUGCCGCACCCUGGCCGGUCUCGGCGUCGACGGCAAGCCCAUGAGGAUUUCGAACAAGAAUCCUCUGGCGCAGCUGGAGGAGGAGAAGCGCGAGCACGACAACAAGAUGAAGAAAAUGGAAAACGAGAUGGAACAGGUCUUCGAGAUGAAAGUUCGCGAAAAGAAGCAAAAGAUCAAAGAUUCGGAAGCUGACUUGCAGCGAAGGCACGAGCACAUGCGGCGCUCUUUGGAGCAGCAGGUGCGAGAACUCGAGGAAAAGAGGAGAGCUUUCGAGUCUGAAAAAACUGCCUGGGAGCAACAGACCGGACACAGUAUCGAGGAGCUACGUAGGCGUAGCUUGGAAGCCAACUCGAAAGAGGCCGUCGACGGCAAGGACAAAAAGAACAAGAAGAAGGGCCUCUUCUAGGCCGCGGCCCGCAUCCCGGUAUACGAUUUGCGCGGAAAGUGCGGUUCGCGGUCGCGUAAAGCGUCAUCGGACGCGAGGACGCCUUCCUCGAGGCGGCUCGCGAGGCGCAAGUCGAAGGAAGACGAAGACGUCUCCGGGAGCCCUCAAGAGUUCCUGAAAGGAGGUCGUCGAUCGGCGGGACGCGAUUCGUAGGCCUAAGUCGACUCCCGGGGGAGAGACCGCCGGGGACGUUGUAAGGCAUUCCCGUAGGCUUAAGUCGGCGGUGGUUCCCUUUUUGCCCCCUUCCUUUCCAGCUUGAAUCGAGCAAGAGGCGCGAGGGGCUUUCCGGAAUCUAGGAGCAAGACGAAACGAGAAGGCCGCGCGCUACAUUCCUAUUUUCUAUGGACUUUUCUAGCCGGAGACUUCGCGGAGGAUAAAAAACGGCGGUUUCUCAGGGAAGCUCCGUCGAGUCGCGGGUCUCUUCCCGAGAAAUGUCCCCUCGGUCCCGUCCUCGAUCUCGUCCUCGGUCUCGUCCUCGAUCUCCUCGGUCGAGGAUGUCCAUCUUUCCUCCUUCCUUCCCGAAGUCGUCCACCGAGUCGUUGGUGGACGGUGCCGGGGUCGUUGGGGCUGCCGACGAUUUUCUUCGGGAAAGCAGCGGUAAAGGACGGCAACGUCGAAGGUGGACUCGCGCCCCCGACUGUAAAUAGACGUUACGGACUCUGAUCGGAGCCUGGGCGAGUCGCAGUAUUAGAAGAAAAGAAAAAAUAUAUAUAUAUAUGUAUAUGUAACAAAAUAAUAUCACGGUAAAACGAACAAAAAUUGAAUCGCACUGUGAUUUAAGGGGCCGCGGUCACUUACCGAUAUAUCAUUGCUGAAUUCCACCGAGUUUGCGAGAGUAAACGGAUGGGAAAGCGUGUAAAGUUGCUCGAAGCUAAAGUUAGUCGCUCGCGAUGAGGUCGUAUGUAUAAUUACUCGCGAUCGCGUCAAUUUAGGAUGGAAAGUUGUAAAAAUUGGGACAGGGCUGGAACCUCGGGGGGAAAUCGGCCGGAACGUCGGCUCCGCCCUCUCUUCCGGUUAAAUAAGCUAAAAAAUAUCGACGACGGUAUCGCGAGGAAUCAGAGGAUUUUUUACAUGUUUUCGAAUUAUUUCGACACCGAUUUGGAAACAGUCCCAGCUCGGAACCAGGAAGCACGAAGAGUUCCUUUGCUUAAGGUCGCUGAAAAAAAGGGAAAAAAGGGAAAAAAGGGAAAAAAGGGGAAAAAAAGGAAAAAAAAGAAUGAAAUUGAACGCAGGUACGCUGCAAAUCGAUUAAAGUGUGUAUGGUACUUAAUUCGUCCUUCCGGCUGAUUCGAUCCUUGCUCUGCCUUUUCAAGCCCCACUUCGCGGUCGACGUAGCGCGUUAUUCGCAAACGGGUACAAUUCAUUUCUCUCCAAACAACGAGUCGAGCGACCCUUAAUCGGCCGAACGUAAGAGUAAAUCUAGGUGGAGCGAUAAGAACCUUGCUUUGCCCAUUUUUCGGAUCGAUCGAUCCCCUUCCGGUUCUCUCGUCGGUCCAUCCAAUCGGGGGUGGACCACGGACGAGAUCUGAAGAGGUGAAAAUGUAAAAAUUGGAAAAUCCCCUGUCCACUUUCUCCGAAUUGACUCGCCGCUACGUUACUCGUUUCAUUCCUCGCGAUUACCUCCCUACGACUGUAAAAUAUUCUAAAAUAAUCUGCAGCGUUCACCAUUGGGGAUAGACGUAUACAAUCAUCGACAAUGGAGGGAGUAACGUACGCGUUCCAAUAGUUUCGUCCGAAAAGCGCUUCCGAUAAAUGGACAGGGCGAGCAUCGAGUCGUCAGGCCUGAAUUAGGUCCUUAAUUAAAUCGAUGGUCUGGAUAAGAAUCGAAUGAAAUCCGACCGCGUAAAGAGUGUACUUAAGUUUGCGGUCGACGGUUCGUUAAUUAAGAGGCCACUUUGACGGUGAACCUCCGACGUACGUAUACGCAACCAAGAACAGCCUGGAACAGCCAAGGAGCGUUUCUCGCCCCUCGGGGCCGAUUUUGAUUUCACGGUCGAUAGAAUAGUUUGUACGCGUUUCGAUGUUACUUCGCAUUUAUACAUAGGACGUGGAAAGAAAGUGUCAGGCAAGGAAAGAGAUGAAUCGAGAGGCGUAUCGACUACUGUGUGUAUUUUUAUCCUCAGUGCUUAGAUUUAACGGUUACACGGUAAAUUAAAAAUCUUAUCGCGGUAAUCGACGUAAUCAUAUCCGGAAGGAAGGAGCGAAUGGGACGAGCGAAUGGAAAUGCGUGAAUCCGGGAAAAAGGGAAUAAGAUAAGAAAAAGAAAACGAAAAAGAGAAAUAGAAAUUAUAUUUUGCCGUGCCAGACGAAAACGAAGCUGCCGCUGCUACCUAUAGACACGUUGUAACAUUGUACCACGAUUAUAUAUUGACAAUUAUUAUAAUUAUGUACUCAGUAAAUUAUCUACAAAAUAA